CAUGAUGUUUUUAUUCAGACUGUUGCCUCAGUUUGGUUCACAGUAAGAAAACCUCUUUUUGUAUUUUAUUUAAAUAGAAAUUAUAAACCAUCAUAAGUUUAAGACGUUGUGUUUACAUGUCUGCAGGUAGACAACGAGAGUCUCUUCUAAAGGUUUUUCAGAACUCAACGAACUUAUCGCUUUUCUUCACAACUUUAUGGAGGUUUUGUUCCACUGGAGAAGCCUGUUUAUUUUUUAAGGAAGAGGGGGGUUAACAAUGUAUAGACUGAACCCCCGGACCUGUAAUCACGUCUCUGACUCCAAGUGAAUGCAACCAUAUCGGAACUGGUCCUCAUCUGACCCUCUGGAAACCCAAAAGACCUCAGUUUUGUGAGCAACUGCCAAUCGGAUUGAAGGACCAUAUCCAGUUUCUUGGAGUAGCUUUCCCCUUUAAGCCCCCGGUCCUGCUGAAAGAUAGGCCAUUGUCUUAAGUCCACCCAUCUGUGGGGGUGGCUCUGCGAAAGUUUGCAGAAGAAAUUUUUAAGCUGUCACUGGCUGUCGGUAGGAGACUGAUGGAGGACAGAGGGGACAGCCACUCGUAAGCCAACAUUAACACCGACAUACAGACAAGCCAAAAAGAAUGGAACAAAAACGGCCCGUGGAGGCAGACGAUGUUCAGGCCUGAACUGGAGAAGUUUGUUGGGACAGUCAGAGUUUCAAGUGCAUGGUCGCCACAAAGCGAGAAGUGCAUUCAGCCCAGAUGGAAGUGAUUUGAAUUGACAGUCGACGCCGUGUUAGAAAGGCAUUAAAUGCUUCUAAAAUAUAAGCUACCGUCCUGACAAAAUGAGCCGUUUGGACUGCGGGCUUCACGCCAUCGGACAAGGAGUCUGCCCCAUUCACUUCUUCAUCGCACUUCUGCUUGUCCCGGGAAACACGUUGGGAUUAUCACAUGAACCAGAGAGAUUUCUGCAGGAUCUGCCUCAGUACGAAGUGGUUCACCCCACCAGAGUGGAUGCCAGAGGUCACUUCCUGUCCAACUUCCUGUCUCACCACGCUCGCCGUGUGCAGCGCAGGGAAACCUCAGAGGGACCAGCGGACUUGGAUCGAGUCUUCUACCAGUUGUGGCACAGCGACCGCAGUUUGCACUUUAACCUCACCCUCAACCCACACCUGCUGGCCCCGGGCUUCCUAACGGAGAGGAGGUAUGGUGGCCUGGAUGGGGCCCAGAUCCACCCGCCUGGAUCCUCCCAGUGCCACUUUUUAGGUGAAGUUUGGGAUGAGGCCACUGUUAAAGGAAGUGCGGCCAUAAGCACCUGUGAUGGACUGACCGGACUGUUCAAGUUGUCUGAUGAGGAAUUUUUUAUUCAACCUCUGGAGCCGUCGAGCGAUGAGACCUCAGCACCACAAGCCCACGCCAUCUACAAGCGCCACGCGUCCCCUCCCUCCUGGAGUCCAGUCGUACAGCACAUCUCAGGGAAACAAGCUCUCAACGGCACCUGUGGAAUUAAUAACUCCCAUCAAAGAUUUGAAGACAUCGAGAGUCAGCGAGAGCGAUGGGAGCGCCGUCAGCAGAGAAGGCGGAGGAGAAUUCGUCAGCGCUCUGUCAGCAAAGAGAAGUGGGUGGAAACGCUGGUGGUGGCUGACCCUAAAAUGGUGGAGUAUCAUGGGAGCAAAACUGUGGAAAGCUAUGUCCUCGCCGUCAUGAACAUUGUGGCAGGUCUGUUCCGAGAUGCCAGUAUUGGAAACGCAAUCAAUAUUGUGGUUGUUCGACUCAUCCUACUGGAGCAGGAUGAGGAUGACUUGAAGAUUACACACCACGCUGACAACAACUUGAACAGCUUCUGUAAGUGGCAGAAGAAACUCAACAUGAAAGGAGACGAGCAUCCGCUGCACCAUGACGUAUCAGUCCUGCUCACCAGGAAGGACAUCUGUGCAGCCAUCAACAUGCCAUGUGAGACUCUGGGUCUGUCCCACGUGGCGGGGAUGUGUCAGCCACACCGCAGUUGCAGCAUUAGUGAGGACACGGGCCUCCCAUUGGCCUUCACUGUAGCUCAUGAGCUGGGACACAACUUUGGGAUUCAGCAUGAUGGCAACGGUAAUGACUGUGAACCCAUUGGGAAACGACCUUUCGUCAUGUCUCCACAGCUCCUGUACGGCACCUCCCCGCCCAGGUGGUCACGCUGCAGUCGGCAGUAUAUCACCCGCUUCCUCGAUCGUGGCUGGGGCUGGUGCCUUGACGAUCCCCCGGUGAAGGAAAAGAUGUCACUGACCUCAGUGCUUCCUGGGGUUUUGUACAGCGCGACCCAUCAGUGUCGGCUGCAGUAUGGAUCUGGGUCCCUGCUCUGCGAUGACAUGGAUAAUGUAUGCAGCACUCUGUGGUGCACUGUGGGAACAACCUGCCACUCAAAGCUGGAUGGGGCUGUGGACGGGACCAGCUGCGGUGAGGACAAAUGGUGUUUCAGUGGAGAGUGUGUUGCAGUUGGAUAUCAGGCAGAAAGUGUAAACGGAGGCUGGGCAUCUUGGAGCGAGUGGUCGGCCUGUUCAAGGACGUGCGGGGCCGGAGUGCAAAGUGCCCACAGAGACUGCGAUAACCCAGCUCCGAAGCACAGAGGGAAGUAUUGUCUGGGGGAGCGGCGGAGGUACAAGAUCUGUAACAGCACACCGUGUCCUGUCGAACUGCCCACCUUCAGAGACAUCCAGUGCAGCCACUUCAACUCUGUGCCUUACAAGGGCAAGCUCUACAAGUGGGAGACGGUCAUCAACAGAGCCAGCCCGUGCGAACUGCACUGCCGUCCACUGAAUGAACAUUUUUCCGACAAGAUGCGGGAUGCCGUCACUGAUGGGACGCCGUGUUACGAGGGCAACAAAAGCAGAGAUAUGUGCAUCAAUGGCAUCUGUAAGAAGGUCGGCUGUGAUUACGUGAUUGAGUCCAGCGCUGUCGAGGACCGCUGUGGGGUUUGUAAUGGCAAUGACUCCACCUGUACAACCGUGAGGAGAACGUUUGAUGAGAGCGAAGGACUUGGCUAUGUAGACAUUGGACUGAUCCCAGAGGGAGCCUGGGACAUCCGCAUUGAGGAGGUGGCUGAAGCGGGGAAUUUCUUGGCACUACGAAGCGACACCCCCAACAAGUAUUUCCUGAACGGAGGCUGGACGAUCCAGUGGAACGGAGAGUACAAGGCAGCCGGGACAGUAUUCACUUAUGAGAGGACAGGACACCUGGAGAACCUGACGUCCCCAGGGCCCACCAUGGAACCACUGUGGAUUCAGCUUCUCUUCCAGGAGACCAAUCCAGGAGUGCGGUAUGAGUACACAAUUAGUCGAAAUGUCUCGGAGGACGACGUCGCUGCGUCAGGUUUCUUCUGGAAAUACGGUUCAUGGACUGAAUGCAGUGUUACGUGUGGAACAGGUGUCCAGAGGCAGAUUGUUCACUGUGUGGAAAAGACAACUGGGAUAGUGGAGGAGCACUUCUGCGACCCCUUAACCCGACCUGACGAUAACCAAACCAGCUGUAACAAGGAUCCAUGUCCAGCCACAUGGUGGGUCGGAGAGUGGCAGAAAUGCUCGUCGAGCUGUGGGAGCUCGGGCCAGACUAAAAGGACGGUGCUCUGCAUCCAGGCAGUAAGUGUCGAGGAGCAGAAAGCCCUGCAGCCUAGUGAAUGCGGACACGUGCCCAAACCUGAGUCACUAUCCUCCUGCAACACGCACAUCCCCUGCCCCGCUGACUGGACCGCUGGCAGCUGGUCAAAGUGUUCGGUGUCUUGCGGAGGUGGAGUGCGUCACCGUAAUGUAACCUGCUCUCGAAACACAGGUGUCGACUGUGACCCUCAAAAGAAGCCCCAUGCUGUCAGCAGCUGCUACAUUCAGGACUGUCCACAGGAAGUGGAUAAUUUUGGCAUCGACUGGUCAGGAAGCGGCUGGUCGAGCAAAGAGGUGCUCAAUGAAAUUAACUCCAUACCUGAAGCCAAACCUCCUCCCAAGUUCAGCACCACCAGAGCUCAACCAAGAAAUCACAACAACCCCAACAAUAUUGCCGAGGGACAUUUUCACUACCACAAUAACAUUGAAAACAUUGAUCGCUCUCCAGAAAACAAUGUUCAAGUUGAUGAUUUUUACUAUGACUAUAAUUUUAUCAACUUCCAUGAAGACUUGUCAGAUGACUUUGAGAGCGAUGGAAAAGACUCAGAGGACAGUCACGGAGUCGAUGCGCCACAGGAGGUCAAGCCAACCCACAGCAUGAAAGGAAGUGCUCACAUGGAAAGUACAAAAGCUCCCAAAGUUACUUCAGCAUUUUCUACCAGUUCGAAGACCACUGCCUACACUUUGAAAACCGAAGAUCCAGCAAGCACAGAUCUCAACAAUAUGAAGGAGAAUGGAAAUGGAACAACAAAGGAGUCUAUAGUGGAUGACUUUCUUUCUGAGGAUUAUCUUCUGCCUGUGUCUACGACUCGCUCACCAUCAUUGUCCUCAACUCGGCAUAACAAUCUGUGGUGGCCUGUAAACCCUAGCACAAUGCCGAGUCUAGUUUUCACUGCAGAGGAGUCUACACAGGAUGUGAAAUAUGUGGAGGGAAUUGAAAAUAACUACGAUAGCUUCACUGGAGAAGACAGUCUCACUGAGAAGGCCUCUGUGACUCCUCUUCCCACAUAUCAAUCCAUUAUUCAUACUGUUAUCUCUACAACAAAUGCCCAGGAGAUGGAGGAACGUGAUGAUUACGAGUACAGUUACAAUGAAAAAAGCACAUUAAGUCCAGAUAUCUAUGCAUACGAAGAAGAUGUAGAGGGCCCACAACCCACACCAGAAUCUAUAAUUCAGGUUAAUACUGAAGUCCAGGUGGACGAGAGCGCCUCACAAAUACCUCAAGCAAUCAGUCAAUCAACAGUACUUCCACCUGCCUUCACAGCGGAGGCCUUGGAUCAAACUAAUUUUAAUGACCUCAACACAACUUCACUUCCUGCCUCUGUGAAAUCUACUCAACUCCCUGUUCCCUCUCUGCUAAUCUCAGGUAACCGAGAGGCCUCUCAUGACUCCACAUCUUUAACUGGAACAGAAAUCAUACCUCCUACAAACCUGGAAGGAGCCAAACAGCCUUCCUCAGCUGAUUUCCUGCCAGUUACAAUGAAACAUGAACCGAGAGAACCUUCCUUCACUGAAAGAACUGGAACAGAUUCCACAUCCCAAGCUCCAUCGUUUGAUUUAGCUGAUUUUGACUACAAUGAAAUAGUCAUUCCCACGAUAGUGAGGGGCAGCAGCAACAUCAGUCCUGAUGCUGCACACCAGCUUUCAGUAAACAAAGCAGCCACUCCUCAACAAAGCACAGCAACAGUACAGCACCCUGCGCCCAUUGUGCCAACCCAUCCACCUGCUCUGUGGCCAUAUUCAGAGCUGACAUCUGUCCAGACUUCAGUCUCCCCACAAGUCAGUACCACAGCCUACUGGGUCACCGGCAGCUGGAGCUCUUGCUCCACCACUUGUGGUCUUGGUGCAGUCUGGAGGACUUUGGCCUGCAGUACUGGCUCGGACUCUGACUGUGACCCAGCCAAGAGGCCCGCACCGGCCCAGCGAUGUUACCUGCGUCCCUGCUCCACAUGGAAAGUUGAUGAGUGGAGUAAGUGCUCCCAGAAUUGUGAGGGUGGCAUUAAAUCACGAGAGGUCCAGUGUUUUGACAUGCGGGAUCAAAGGCCCCUGCGACCUUUCCACUGCAGAGCCAUGUCCUCCAGGCCGAAAACCCGUAUGCCCUGUAACCUUCAGCCGUGUCUCGAAUGGUACACCUCCUCCUGGGGCCAGUGCUCUGAGGUGUGCGGUGGUGGUGAGCAGCAGCGUAUUGUUGCUUGUCCAGAGGAGGAUCGGUGUGACAGGGACCUUCAGCCCAGCAACAUCCAGCCAUGUAAUAGCCAUCCCUGUGCUCAGUGGCUGACUGGAUCUUGGGGACAGUGUUCAGCUUCGUGCGGCGGCGGAGUGCAGCGCCGACUCAUCAAAUGUGUUAACACAAAGUCUGAGACAAAUGAAGAAGUCGAUCAAGCUCAGUGUGACCACGAGCCGCAGCCUGAGAGCAUCCAGAAGUGUAACUCACAGGAGUGUGAGAGCGCCCCCUUUGAUCCAUAAAAUCUACCGAUGUGAGCCAUGAGUUUGACUGCGAUGCGGGAAAAGAGGAAGGACUCGCAUGUCAAGUGACUGUUUUAAUUAUAGAGCAUCUGAAAUUGAUGUUUACACAAGAGAAAAGGUUUGACCUUAAAGCAAUAAAGCUGAGGGUAAAUUUUCACCUUCUGCUGAUGCUGGCUGUGGUCAGUGCUGUCCAGGGUGGCGUUGAUUGACCAGUGAAUGUUUAUGCAUGUCCAACACGAUAUUAAGGUAAAUGUCAUGUUAUUAGUUAAAUCUAUAUUAUAUCCUCAAUUUCUGAGUGAUUUUUCUUUAAUAAGUGUUCUUGAAUGAAAGUUUGAUACAACAUAGUGUCUGUCCUUAUCAAGAAGAUGCCCCCAAUGUUUUGUAAGUACAUCUAUUCACUUGAGGGGGUAUUAAACUGUCUGACAGUACCAGUUUUUGCCCCAGUGCAACACAGUGCCACACUCGCCUAUCAACAGCAGCAUUGAUGUCGUUGGAAAUCCACCAGUUGUGCCUCUAAUGAUGCCGCAUGACAAGACCAGUGGAAAAGCUGACGGCAGUCGCCUCAAAGGUCUUCUUUGUUAACCAGACACGCAGAAGACAAGUUUGAACUUUCUUCUUUUUUUUUUAUUUGUUUCAGACUCUGGUAGAGUUGAAGAAGACUUUUGUAAUCAAAGCAACUAUUCACAGUAGGAAUAUUAUCAGCUUCAAGUCCUCUUUGGCUUGAAACAAAUGCACGGCUUGACAUUUUUUGUUGCUUCUUUUUGAGUUAGAUUGCAGGCCAAAACUUUUUACUUUCAGUGGCUGGACAAUCAUAUCUGGCUUUGAUGUGCAUGUGUCUAGAAAAGGCUAUCAUUUUUGCACUAGAGGUGUAAUUUUGCUGAAGUCGGUGUUACAUGAACGCACCUGCUACCUGCAGGGAAGAGUGGGUCACAGCCUUUAUAUUUGGUCAUACUGGUGCAACAAUGCACACCCCAUUUUUUGCAACCUCGUGAAGUAAAGAUAAAUUAAAAUAAUCUCUGAAAAUGUGGAAAUGUUAUAUUUGUCACCUGUGUAACUAAAUUAGCAGUUUCAAUUCUGUUAGCAAUUCUGUUUCCUCAUUUAGGCCACGGCAGUUCAGUGGCAUUUCUGUUUUACAUCUGAUAUGAAAUCACAAUGUUUCUCAGAAGGCAGCCUUUUGGCUUUGCUGACAUUUUGAAGGCACAGAGGUAUAAAAGUAUUCUGGUAAAUAUGUGAGGCCUAUGAUAAAGUGGCGGCGAUGUUGGUGCUGCGCGUGACCCUCCGUCUCAGUUAAUAAUUUGUUUGUGUGUUGUUUUAUUCUUCAAUUUGGCAAUUGGAUCCUUUCAAAGUUAUUUUGUUUUUUCUCUGUGUGGUCAAAGAAACCCUGGGAAGCGUGACAGCAGCACGUGCACAUGCAGUAAAACCGACAGAUGCUUGUUUGUUUUACACAAAUCCCGUCUGUUAAGACAAAGAAACCGGUUGACUGAAUUCAAGAGGCAAAACAGCCCCAUGCAUCAGAAUAGCAAAAUAAGAUCCCUGUGAAAUUAAAAUGAAAAUAAAACAAAUUUCACAGAAUGUAAGGCUGAGUAAAGCCUCUUUAGCAUCUAAAGCUUUGCUCUGCAGUGAACAUGAGUUGCCAGUGAUGCCCAUGAUGUUGACGUCCUGUCUCAUGCUCGAAGCCUCAUUCAGAUGCUGCUAAAGACAGAAAGACUGAACUUAGACAUUUGAAAAGCUUUCGUUUUGUCUCUACUAGUUAGUCAUUAUAACGUGUGUCCAAUUUGCAUUUCAGUGUUAGCCUAAUAAAAAUGCUCAUAAUCGCUUAUUGCCUUGUGAGCCUUUUGUGACACCAAAGAACACAAAUAUCAGAAUCAUAAAAGAGCUGCACAAACCACCAGAUAUGUUUUAUCUGCUGCACGAUUUAACCUGUUGCUACAGUAACUUAGAUUACCUACAGUCAAGUCACAGUUAGCUUGCUUUUACUACAGAGUCAUCUGCCAUGGCUUGAUAGGGUUAUCUGAAAGAGCUAUCGGAAUUCCACAUAAUGUUAGGCUAUGUGUUGCGUUUUGUUCCUAUAAUAGAGACUUCUGUCCUACCUAAAACGACCACCCCAUUAAAGAACGUCUUCACUUCAUCACUACACUGAAGUCUAAAAAACAAAUUAUACCUUUUCUAACAGAAGUGUUAAUGUGUGCACUGUGACUUAUUUAUAUCCACACUGCCUGAUCCAUGAAAAUAAAACUACAGUCUGUAAAAGGUCAGUGAAAUGUGUGAAAACGUCUCUCAUCGGUGCUUCUGAAUCGGACUCUGUAGCUCAUGGAGUCAUGAUGAGCGAUUUGUUCCAAAAUGAAGACCUGAAUAUAUAAACACAAUAAGCACAAGGUUAUUUUUGAAGUCCUGGGUAAUCUUGUCUAAAGAGUCCUUUAUGUGCACACCUCAUUUGAUCUGAAAGUCAACAUCCAAAUUUAAUCAAAGCCAACCUCAUUAUUUAUAAUUUAC